AUGACCGAGAACUCUAUUAUCUCCACCCUAAUCUGGCGCCAUGCGACAAGGGCAAGGCAGCGUGCGGGAAUCAAGGUAGGCAGCGGUUUGCUGCUCAGCUCGGUCAACGUACGGAGACGCAUGGAUUCACUUUUGCUGCUUGACUAUGUAGGCAAGGCGAUAGUUCUGGCACGGGCCCACACUACUGCUGCAAGAUUGGCCUCAGAUGGCGAGGGGCUGCUUUACGGGCUCGCUUACCAGAUUGUCGGUUCGGUGGAUUGGUGGAGCCCAGAUCGCAUUUGGGAAUUGGCCCCCGCCAUCGAUGCGAGCGAUAAAGCAACCGGUUAUGACGUGUUGUUUACUAGCCACUCUCGGUUAGGGGAUGUGCUUGAGCAAGCAUCGUGGGGCACUCAGUUAGGCCCCAUUCAAGUUUUCCGAUUUGACCUAGAUUCAUCCAUAUAA